GAGCCCGAGCAGCCCGAGGCUGCGGCCGCGCCGUCGCCCGCCCGCCGGCCGACGCGGGGACGGGGAGCGCGGCCCGCUGCGUCCCCCCCCGGGUGCGGCCGGGCCCCCCUAGCGGCGGCCGCCCCAAGUUGUCCGCGCGAAACUUUUCCCCGCGCGUCCGGGCGCCGCCCCCACCGGGCCCCGCCGGCCGUGCGGAGCGGAGCAAAGGGGGGGGAGAGGCCGCGGCUCCCCCCCCCCCGGCGGGCGCAGCCGGCGCCCCGGGCGAUGGCCGCGGAGUUGGCGAUGGGCGCCGAGCUGCCGAGCAGCCCGCUGGCCAUCGAGUACGUCAACGACUUCGACCUGAUGAAGUUCGAGGUGAAGAAGGAGCCGCCCGAGGCCGAGCGCUUCUGCCACCGCCUGCCGCCCGGCUCGCUGUCGUCGACGCCGCUCAGCACGCCCUGCUCCUCCGUGCCCUCCUCGCCCAGCUUCUGCGCGCCCAGCCCGGGCACCGGCGGCGCGGGCGCGGGGGGCGGCGGGGGCGGCGGGGGCGGCGGCGCGCAGGCCGGGGCCGCGGCGGGGCCGCCGGGCGGGGGCCCGGGCGCCGGCGGGGGCGCCGCGGGGAAGCCGGCGCUGGAGGAUCUGUACUGGAUGGGCGGCUACCCGCAGCACCUGAACCCCGAGGCGCUCCACCUGACGCCCGAGGACGCGGUGGACGCGCUCCUCGGCAGCGGCCAGCACGCGGGGCACCACGGCGCGCACCACCCGGCGGCCGCCGCGGCCUACGAAGCCUUCCGGGGCCCGGGCUUCGCGGGCGGCGGCGGCGCGGACGAGCUGGGCGCCGGCCCCCCGCACGGCGCGCACCACGCGGCGCACCACCACCACCACGGCGCGCACCACCACCACCACCACCACGCGGCCGCGGCCCACGGCGGCGCGGGCCUGCACGUGCGCCUGGAGGAGCGCUUCUCCGACGACCAGCUGGUGUCCAUGUCGGUGCGCGAGCUGAACCGGCAGCUCCGCGGCUUCAGCAAGGAGGAGGUCAUCCGGCUGAAGCAGAAGCGCCGCACGCUCAAGAACCGCGGCUACGCGCAGUCGUGCCGCUUCAAGCGCGUGCAGCAGCGGCACAUCCUGGAGAGCGAGAAGUGCCAGCUCCAGAGCCAGGUGGAGCAGCUGAAGCUGGAGGUGGGGCGCCUGGCCAAGGAGCGGGACCUGUACAAGGAGAAAUACGAGAAGCUGGCGGGCCGGGGCGGGGCCGGCUUCCCGCGGGAGUCCUCGCCGCCGCAGCCGCAGGCCGGGCCCGGCGGGGCCAAGGGCGCCCCCGACUUCUUCCUCUGAGCGCGCGGCCCCGGCCGGACUCCGCGCCCCGCGCCCCGCGCCCCGCGCCCCGCGCCCCCGGCUGGGCCGU